ACACGGUUAUGGCAUGGGGCCUCUGAAUAAGCCCAUUAUAACAACCCUUGGCCAGCACCUUCCUGGCAUGAUAGCAGGUGACCCAUUUCUGAAGAAGCUCAUCAGAAAAUGCUGGAGUUUAGAAGCGAGCUUAGAGAUCCUAGUGUGCAAAUUCACGAAUAGUUCCUUUCCUUUCUUUCUGGUGUGUUCUCAAACCUUUCUGUCUGCCUGGAAUGCCCUUGUUGUCCCCCUCCAAAAGCCUAUGUGCCUUGGCUUGGUGAGCCCCACUGUUCCUUCAAGAUCUAAAACGAAGUUUUCUCCCAGGGGUGAUUGACCUUGCUCCUCCAGGCAAAGCUCUCCAGUGCUCUUGGAGCUCCCGGGUGGGCAGGGAUCUCAAUCAUACUUCACUGGAUCAAGGGCCUUGGUGCAGGGACUGUCCAGUUUUUGUCUGAAUCCAGCACCUACUGCAGUGCCAGACAUGUAGUAGGCGUUCAGCAAAUGUUUGGAGAAUAGAUGCCCUUCUAUUUUUCAGAUGAGAACAUUAGAACUAGCCAGACCAGUUAACCAGAUCAUUUAAGUGACUUGUCUUGAGUUGCAUAGCUCCAAAGGGGCAAAUAAAGAUUAGAUACCUGGGCUCUUGGCGCCCCUCCACUGAUCUAACGUUCACAUUUAUAUUGUCAUUAUUGUGUUUCAGUUUCCUGGCCCUUCUGAGUAGGGUGGCCAUGUAAUAUAACAUCUCAGCCUGAAUACUUCGGUGGCCAUCAAGUCAAUCCGGAAAGACAAAAUCAAAGAUGAGCAAGAUCUGAUGCACAUUCGGCGAGAGAUUGAGAUCAUGUCAUCACUCAACCACCCCCACAUCAUUGCCAUCCACGAAGUGUUUGAGAACAGCAGCAGGAUCGUGAUCGUCAUGGAGUACGCCAGCCGGGGUGACCUGUAUGACUACAUCAGCGGGCGGCAGCGGCUCAGCGAGCGCGAGGCCAGGCACUUCUUCCGGCAAAUCGUCUCCGCCGUGCACUACUGCCACCAGAACGGGGUUGUCCACCGGGAUCUCAAACUGGAGAAUAUCCUCUUAGAUGCCAACGGAAAUAUCAAGAUCGCUGACUUUGGCCUCUCCAACCUCUACCACCAAGGCAAGUUCCUGCAGACGUUCUGCGGGAGCCCCCUCUACGCCUCGCCAGAGAUCGUCAAUGGAAAGCCCUACACAGGACCAGAGGUGGACAGCUGGUCCCUGGGCGUUCUCCUCUACAUCCUGGUGCAUGGCUCCAUGCCCUUUGAUGGGCAGGACCACAAGACACUGGUGAAACAGAUCAGCAACGGGGCCUAUCGGCAGCCUCCUAAACCCUCUGAUGCCUGUGGCCUAAUCCGGUGGCUACUGAUGGUGAACCCUAGCCGCCGGGCCACCCUGGAGGACGUGGCCAGCCACUGGUGGGUCAACUGGGGCUACACCACCCGUGUCGGGGAGCCGGGAGCCCUGAACGAGGGCGGGCACCCCAGCAGCGACCCCGGCCGGACCUCCGUGGCUCAGUGGCUGUGGCGCUCCUCCCGACCCCUCCUGGAGAAUGGCGCCAAGGUCUGCAGCUUCUUGAAGCAGCAGGCGCCAGGCGGCAGGGCCCUCGCCCCUGGCCUGGAGCGCCAGCACUCGCUCAAGAAGUCCCGCAAGGAGAACGCCAUGGCCCAGACCUUCCAGGGGGCCCCGGCCACUGAUGCCUCCCCUCGCCCUGGGAAGGGUGGCCUCAAGCUGCCGAAAGGCAUUCUCAAGAAGAAGACAUCAGAUCCCGCAGAGGGGGCAGCGCAGGGCCCUGAGCCCGGCCCCAGCCCCGCCAACCCAGGCCAGGCUGGCCCGCCGCUCCCCAAGAAGGGCAUCCUCAAGAAGGCGCACCAGCGGGAGUCUGGCUACUACUCCUCACCUGAGCCCAGCGAGUCUGGGGAGCUCUUGGAUGCCGGGGACGUGUUUGUGAGUGGGGAUACGGAUGCCGGGAACGUGUUUGUGAGUGGGGAUACCAUGGAGCACAAGCCCCCUCCAGCCUCGGGGCGGCUGCCACAUCGCAAGGGCAUUCUCAAACACAACGGCAAGUUCUCGCACGCAGCCCUGGAGCACACAGCGCCCACCACCUUCGGCUCUUUGGAUGAACUGGCCUCCCCGCGCCCUCCAGCCCGGGCCAGCCACCCCUCGGGGGCUGUGAGUGAGGAUAGCAUCCUGUCCUCUGAGUCCUUUGACCAGCUGGACUUGCCCGAACGGCUCCCCGAGCCCCCUCUGCGGGGCUCUGUGUCUGUGGACAACCUCAUGGGGCUGGAGGCACCCCCGUUGGAGGGCCCCGGAAGCCGAGGCCUGAGGCGCUGGAGGCAGGACCCCCUGGGGACUAGCUGCUUUUCCCUGCUGGACUGCCCGGAGGGGACAGAGGGCGGCCAGCAGGGACUGAGGGUCUACUCGGAGCUCAGCUGAAGAGGGGGUAUUGCCCAUGCGGGCAGGCUCUGAGAUGCAGCUGGAUGCACCCUAAGGGGGAGACUGCCUUCUUCCCUGCCUCCCAGGACCCACAUCCCAGCCCAGAAGGCUGAGGUGGUUUCAGUUGAGCCAUGGGGAGGGCUGAAUGUGGGCAGUGGGCAAGUGAAGUGCGUUGAGGGUUCAAUGUCUUCAGCCCCGUGGAACCAAGAAGGUAGCUCUAGAGGGGAAAUGAGUAGAGAAGCAGCGAGGAAGGCCCGCGGCUGAGUCUAGGUUGCCUGUUAAUUUCCAGGUUGCCUUGCCCACUGCCCCCUCUGAGGGGGUCGAUGCCUUCUUCUUGAGGAUGCCUUUGGCAGCUUGAGGCCACCCUUACCAGGGCGAGGGGCGGCGUCCCCCUGGAGGGUCUGGGUUGUGUGGUUCUUACUCUUGGACUUCUUAAACAAAGGCUGGCGCCGCAGCCACUGAGCCACGGAGGCCUGGCCAGGGUCUCUGCCGGCCGCCCGCCCACAUGCGGGUACAGUGUAGCCUGUGCCCUCCCCAUAGUAGGGCCACAGAGAGCUGGAAAGAGCACUCUGUCAGUGCCUAGCUCCUGUAAAGAGUAAGUUUGUGUGUGAUGCCGUCCUGCCAAGGUGGGGCUAGAAGCUCUUCAUUCACGCACACAUUCCCAUCUCCACCAACUGUUGCAGGAAGGGGGACCCCUUCCAGGGCCCGAAACGGCUCUUGUCUAACACUCAGAAAUGAAUUGUCCAAGGAGACACACGUGCUGACAAAGCAAGAGGUUUUAUUGGGGAAGGGCGCCCGGGUGGAGAGCAGGAGGGUAAGGGAACCCAGGAGAGCUGCUCUGCCACGUGGCUCGCAGUCUCGGGUUUUAUGGUGAUGGGGUUAGUUUCUGGGUUGCCCUCAGCCAAUCAUUCUGACUCAGAGUCCUUCCUGGUGGUGCAUGCCUUGUUCAGCCAAGAUGGAUGCCAGAGAGAAGGGUUCUGGGAGGUGGUGGGACAGGUGGUGUCUCCUUUUGACCUUUCCUGAACUCUGCCAGUUGGUGGAGGCUUAUUAGUUCCGUGUUCCUUACCAGGAUCUCCUGUGAAACAACUCAUGCAAACGGUUACCAGGGUGGGCGGUUUCAGUCAGUGUGCUUCCGCUAACAGAACCACUCAAACUGCAAUGUGGCCCUCCCCGCUAGUUUUCCCGGGGGUGUCUUGGGAAUGGUCUCCUAGAGUGUGCCCUUCCAUACUUACCUGAGCAGUAAGAGAACACAGCCUCUGUUUCCUCAGAGGUUCUCUCCCCUUUCCCAUCCUCCAAACUUGGAAAGUGGGAGUGAAAAUCGCUCAGCCGUGUCUGACUCUUUGCAGCCCCAUGGCUGUACCCACCAGGCUGCAAUUGCAGACAAUCCCCUCAGUCCACGGAAUUCUCCAGGCAAGAAUACUGCAGUGGGCUGCCGUUCUCUUCUCGGGGGGAUUUUUCCCACUCUGCAGCUCUGCAGGCAAAUUCUUUACCGUCUGAGCCACCAGGGAAGCUUCACUUUACGUCACUGUUUAAUUCCUGCAUCAGGAAUUAGCAAAGGACACCCAGGGUCUGGAUGAGAAUGCCCACAUCCCUCACUCACCAGAGGGUUUAGGAGGCUGCUGGUAGGCCCCGUUGCUGAUCUGUUUCACCAGCGUCUCGUGGUCAUGCACCAGGAUGUAGAGGAGAACGCCCAGGGACCAGCUCUCCACCUGAGGGAGAGACGGGGUCAGCCAGGAGGUCCUCAUGCCGCAGGGCGAAUGGAAUCGCUGCUAUGGAUCUAAAAGACUUGAAAAAGCUCAGGCUGCUAAUGGACUUCAUCUCAAGGGGCUCAGAGUCCCCCAGACCCCACUUUGGACCUCAAGGACUCUGAACUUCUCCAGCCUCCAUGCUGCUCCUGCUAUUGAGAAUGGAUGUAUCUGUUUCUCCGGGCCUUUAGGGCCCUAGAAAGUCCUUAUUUAUUUUAAUGUUUUCAGCUCUGUGUUUUUAAAAGAGCGAAUCUUAUAUUUUCAAUACUGUGAAUGCUAUGCUCUGGGGAAUUCCACUAUGACAUCAAGUUUUGUGUACAGGGAGGUAUUAGUGCAGAGCUUCCCUGCUGAUCACAGGCGGGGGUGGGGAUCUUUUGUAAGCCUACGUGCCCCAUCGCACUCUCUGGGAGGGGUCUCUGGCUCCUCGCUCCACGCCCUGACACUGUCUACCUGAUGGUCCCUCUUCCCUCCUGUGACCAGAAAGAACCACCCCAUUAAAAAUGAGAACGGUGAUUGGAAAA